AAAAGACGCACUUCCUCUCCCCACGGGCAAUCUGCCUUCACUCCUCCCAACACAUCAUCACAACACCGACCACAACAACCAACUACCACAACGAGAUCCUCAAACUCCCACAACCUUACAGUUCUUGCCUAGACACCCAUCCCAUCAGUCAGCAUGUCUUCCAACGACAACACCUCCACGCUCAAGAGCACCUACGACAGCGUGGUCGGCGGCAUCCAGUCGGCCGUGGGUAACCUGACCGGCUCCGCUGGCGACCAGGCCGAGGGUCAGGCCAAAAAGGACAAGGCCCAGGUCGAGUACGAUGCCUCCAAGGCGACAGUCAAGCUCCCCGGAGCUACCGCGACCACCGCCGGCGUCGCCACCGACGACCCCGACCGGACUGCCGGUUCGUGGAACCAGACCGUUGGGUCAACUAAGGAAGCCCUCGGUGGACUUGUCGGAUCCGAGCAACUCAAGCAAGCGGGCCGCCAGCAAAACCUCGAGGGCCAAAAGCAGGAGGCCACGGGACAGGCCAGCGACCUCGCCUCUGGCGUCAAGGACCGCGUGGAGGGCACCGUCGGCGGCGCCGUCUCCGGCCUGACAGGCGACAAGUCCAAGCAGGCCGAGUACGAGGCCCAGCAUGACCACGGAAAGACUGCCCAGCGCGGCGUCGAGCACGACCUCCAGAAGCAGGCCGACGCUACUGCUAAGCAGUAAACCGACAUUUCUCAUCGCUUGGUUUUCUUUUUUUUUCCCCUUGCACCCUGUGAAGGAGACGGGUUUGGAACGGCGCACGAGAGCAGCAGCAUGCAUUUAGAUACCCACUUUGGAGGCAGAGGAUAAGCAUACCAAUUGGUGCCUCCCUCUGCAUCCACUUUGACAUUGGCACUCUGGAGGAAUUUGGCUCUUUUCUUGCCCUAGUACGCCUCGAUAGAUAAUCUGAGAAACCAAAAGUUCCCCUCAA